UUUAGUUAUUCACAAGAUAUAUACAGAUGACAACACAAAAGGCUUAAGCUAAAAACAUGGUGGAGGAGUAGGUUCAGUGUCCAAAACUGAAAGAGAGCCUCUCCGAAACUCGAGCAUAUAUAGCAAGUGCCAGGUAGUAACUCAAAAAACCAAAACAAAAAAGCCUUCUGUAAUUUGCAACUCUAACAAUCCUUGACCCUUUGGAUUGUUUUCAAUGCCCACAAGCAUUAAUUAAUUUCUUUUCUUUCUCUCUCUGACCCCAUUGCAUUUCUUUUCUCAUUUUUGUUAUAACUUUUUUUUUUUUUUUUGAGAGAGAGAGAGAGAGAGAGAGAGAAAAGAGAGAGAUGGGUAUGGGAAAGGUGAAGAAAUUGUUUGCAUCUUCAGAGGUAGCUAUGGCUAUGUUGCUGGUUCAAAUUUUCACGACCGGUCUGCAAAUACUGUCAAGGGUCAUACUUAGCCAGGGAACGUUUAUUUUUGCACUCAUGACUUACCGUAAUGUUGUUUCUGCUAUUUGUGUUGCCCCUUUUGCGUUCUAUUUCGAAAGGGAAAUCACAAAGAAGUUGAGCUGGUCAGUUUGGUUCUGGCUUUUUCUUAGCGCCUUAACUGGAAUAUCAAUGGCUAUGGGACUGUUCUAUUAUGGUCUUCGAGACACCAACGCUACAUAUGCCAUCAGCUUCCUCAACUUGAUUCCAAUGGUUACCUUUGUCUUCUCCGUAAUCACAGGUAUAGAGAAACUAGGACUGAAUACAAAGGCAGGCAAGAUGAAGAUUCUGGGGGCAACUUUUUCUGUGGCAGGAGCACUAAUUGCUUGUCUUUAUGAAGGAAAAGCUCUCCAUAUUGGUCAUCAAGGUCUUCACCAUAGUGUUGCUCUGAAAACAUCUAUGGCUCAUUGGGUCCAAGGCACUUUCAUGUUGGUUGGCUGUUGCCUCUCCUAUAGUGUGUGGUUCGUAGUUCAAGCCAAGUUGCUCAAAAUUUUCCCAUCAAAAUACUGGGCAAUAAUGUUAGCAUGCAUCAUAGCAUCAAUGCAAUCAGCUUUAAUAGGCCUAUGCUUAAAUAGACAGAAGGCUGCAUGGAGCUUAGGGUGGAAUCUGCAACUAAUUACAAUAUUUUACUCUGGAGCACUAGCCACAGCUGCAACUUUCUGCUUAAUUUCAUGGGCAAUUGCAAUUCGAGGCCCCGUUUAUGCCCCAAUGUUCAAUCCACUGUCACUAAUUUUUGUGUCCAUAUUAGAAGCUCUCAUACUCCGUACAGAAAUCAGACUAGGAAUGUUGCUAGGCACAAUUUUGAUCGUUGUUGGGUUGUAUUCCUUCUUGUGGGGUAAAAGGAAGGAGAUGAAAAGCUUGCUUCAGGCAAAAAAUGAUACUGGUAGUGUAGUAGUACCCGCAACCACAGAUGAAUCUGCAGUAGUGUAAUCAACAGUUGUAAUGACAAGUGCGCGCUCUGGGGGAUGGGGGAGGAAUGAUAAAUUAGAUAAGGAAAUUUAUCUAUAUUAUCUAUAACAGGAAUGGAAAGUUAUGUGCCCAGAUGUAAUAUUGCGCUAGUAAUUGCUAAGUACAACUAUUUUCAAACUCAUGUGGGAUUAUGAAAAUCAACUUUGGAUGGUGAUAGGUCUAGAAUUAAUUGGGAUUUUGAGGUUGUCUGGUAUGCAAAAAUAUUUAGUAGAUACAAAGGGUACGUUUGGUACACUGAAUGGGGAUUACGAUAGGAAUUGUAAUCUUUAUUACUAGGAAUAAAAUGUGUUGUAAUAUAAUAACUAAACAUAUUCAUUAGUUUGGUU